CGGAUCGACAUUUAACGUUAUCAUUUCUAAUUUUACGUUGUUUUUUUCUGGAAAGCACAGUGCUCGCAUGUCAGUCGUCCGUGUUAUAGGGCUACCUUGAGAUGGUAAUUCUUCCUGAUUACAAUCGUUUAGAAGGAGACACUUCACUUUAGUGGAAUCAAUAUGCCGAAAUCAUCACGUCCGCCUUACUAUUUGGUUAAAUAUUCAUUACCCAACUGUCAAGGUAAAGUCACGAGGAAUUCCGCAUGAAUGUAAACAUGGCCGAGGUGAGGAGCGUACGUGACGGAGCGAACAUCCCCAUGGCGUGUCAGUUAUGUAGCUCCGACGAGCGGCUUAUGGUCUGCUCAGGGUGCAGGAGAACUUGGUAUUGUUCUAAAGAGCACCAAAAGCUAGACUGGAAGUAUCACAAGAAAAACUGUAAACGAAUGAGAGAGGAGGAGGGGGAAACUAAACACAAGCAUGGCAUCACGUUAACUCCUUCAUCGCUGGAGAUUCCGCGCUACAAAGGUGAUGGCAUCGCGCAAAAAAUGUCAGCCGAGGCAAUGACCCAUAACAUGAAUAAAAUGAGCCAAAGUUUACAUGAUGAUUUAAAGCUGACAGAUGAUAAACCUAUCAAGAAGAAAAUAUCAGAAGAGUUCUACACCAGUCAGUCCAGCAGCUCAGGCCGUAAGGUCCUGACAGAUGAGGGCAGUUCCGAGUCGUACAUCCUUCAUUCAGCUGAGUCUGCUCUUAACGAGCCCGUGUACCACAAACCCCCCGCCCAGAUCUCGUCCCACAGCCAAGAACUACGUUACACCCCCUCCGUCCGCUCGUAUGAAGAUGAGCCCGUCGACAACAUGCAUGCAUACCUCAGUGUUCUAGAGUCUCGAAAUGAAAUGUUAGGAGAUUAUGUUGUGAAGUGUCUCCAUACUUAUGGAAUUUGUGUCAUGGACAACUUUUUAGGAGAAACAAAAGGUUUAUCUAUUCUGGCAGAAGUCAAGACGCUUCACAAGAUGGAUAAAAUGACGAGCGGGGAACUUGUCAACCGCGGUCUCGGAUCAAAUACACAGCGAAUCCGCGAUGAUUUGAUCACUUGGGUGGAUGGACGUGAGCCAGGCUGCUCAAACAUUCAGUUUUUAAUUUCAUCCAUGGAUGCAGUGAUUUUAAAAUGCACUAAGAAACUGAAAGACUGUACCAUCAAUGGCCGUACAAAGGCUAUGGUGGCCUGUUAUCCGGGUCCUUCCUCCGGAUACCUCCGUCACGUGGAUAAUCCAAACAAAGAUGGCCGAGCCAUCACCUGUAUUUAUUACCUCAACAAGGACUGGGACUCAAAGAGUGAUGGUGGAACACUGCAUAUUUACCCUGAGAAUGAGAGUCGCAUCGCUAGCAUCGAACCCAACUUUGACCGACUUCUGUUUUUCUGGUCAGAUCGACGAAAUCCUCACGAAGUUAUGCCAACGACCAAAACAAGAUACGCCAUUACUGUUUGGUAUUAUGAUGCUGUCGAGAGGAAACAAGCCGUGGAGAAAUUCACAGAGGGUCAGAAGCAUCCUAAGCGAUAGCAGAGAAACAUUGGAUUGUGGUUAUUUUUUUCUGUGCUAAGCAAUAUGUCAGUCGUACUCUCCAUGUUGUUUGCUUGGUGCCUUACUGUGAUGUCAUAAUCCUAUGAUGUCACAUUACUGUGAUGUCAUAAUUACUUCUUCAGUCAAGUGCUCCGCUCGAUCUUUGGCUUCGAAUUUAUUUCCAAAUCCUUGCAACGAGGAGUUAAUUUCAAACUGUAAAAUGUACACAUGCUUUGUGUCAUUCAAAUAUUCUCUGGAAUAAAUAUAUUGCAUCAAAAAAGUGUAGCAUGCUCGCAUCAACUCUUGAUUGUUGGUCAUCUGGCAAGAAGACUUAUUUUUAUGAAGGAAUCAUGUUAGACAGUUAAAAUCACAGUCAAGUGAUGCGUAGUUUAGACAGUUAACAUGUCUGUUGUAUCUGAUUGUUCACAAAUGAAUAGUGGACAAAAUGAUUGAUAUAUGGUGUGCUAAAUGGACAUGAAUGUAGUGAUUAUAAAAAAAGAGAGACACAGAAAUCUGUACAAGAUACAGAUUUUGAUUGGAGACCCAGAAAUCUGUACUACAGAUUGUUUUGAUCAGUAUUGUUACACUGUUGUGAUAUUUGUGACAAGGUUAAAAAAGUUUUGUUUUGUUUGUUGUUUUAAAUCUGGUUGAUAGACAAAUGUGUUUGACUGAAGUGAAAUAUGGAAGGAUCCAACAGUUCAGAGUUCCAGGGAAAAUAACUCAAGGAAAUGUUUACACAAGAUGGUGUAUGUUGUAAAGAAAUUUUUCAUAUAGAAUAUAUGUUGUUGUUUUUCUAUUUUUAGCUCACCUGAGCCAAAGGCUCAAGUGAGCUUUUCUGAUCACAAUUUGUCCGGCGUCUGUCGUUGUUGUCGUCGUCGUCGUUGUAAACUUUUCACAUUUUUGACUUCUUCUCAAGAACCACUGGGCCAAUUUCAACCAAACUUGGCACAAAGUAUCCUUAGGUAAAGGGGAUUCAAGUUUGUUCAAAUGAAGGGCCACGCCCUUAUUCAAGGGGAGAUAAUUAAGAAAUUAUA